AAAGCCCAAGUAUGCGUUCGAAGAAAGAGAUUCCACGUUCAGGUUGGGUUAUGAAAAUGAUGGCCCAAGCACUCGUACCUACUUUGGAAGCUGUCCCUGAAUCCGAUCUCAUCGUCUUCUCCAGACUCCAAGCAUAUUCUCCGCCAUGAAUCCCCCCAAAAGCCCUCGUAUACGAGGAUCCUCUACAAUUCUUUGCAGUCAGAUAGGAAAGCUGACUCGUUAUAAUACCUUUUUCUCUUCUCUCGGACCUCAGAAAGGAAAUCAAAUGGCGUUGACUAACUUCAUCCUCACAGUGGCUGGGGUUAGUGCAGCGAUUCUCCUGCUGAGGAGUGUCGUCAAGCAGUCGGCCGCGGUCUUCAGGCGCAACUUCAAGCACAUUCGCCACUGGCUCGAAGAAGAAUCUGCGUCUGCCUCCAAGGCAGCAGAGAAGGCAACUCCCAAGGAAUUGGAAUCAAAGGUCCCUCCAAAAGACAAAUGGUAGUAAUGUGUCUAUAUGGGGGAGCUUGAUGUCGUCUGCAAGAGUUAAUUAGUUGCUCCUUUUUUCCUUUUUUUUUUUUUAAGUAUUUGAUGAUUAUUUAGAAUACGUCUUAAUGAGAUGUCCCGGUAUAUAUGCAAUUAAACUCUCUUAAUUUUGUUUUUUAGUAGCAUGUUUUUGGUAUCUUAGUAAUCUGUAUUUACAAAGAAGAAGACCAUUCUUGUUUUACAAAGGAGCUCAUAUUUCUCCCUU